AUCCGAACCUGAUGUGUUAUAUCCGAACCUGACCCAUACUUUCAAAUUUACAAGAAUGUGAUCUAGAAGGUGUUAUAAAAAAGAACCGAAAUCCCAAAAACCUAAUCCGAAUGUGAACGGGUAUCCGAACGCUCAGGCUUAAGCUAAAAUAAGUAGUGCAAGAUCACAUCUACAACACUCCCACGGGAUUCGAGCUUCUAUUAAAACAAAAUCAUAAUUACGUGGAAAAUAUAUAUAUUUGAGUUUCGCUCCAUGUAAUUUAUAUAGUAUUCCGGUAAUAUAUGAUAUAGCUUUUUUUUUUAUCAAAACAUAUGAUAUAUAUCUGUGACAUUAGUGGGAAAACAUUUCAAACUCGGGUGAUAUUUCCAAAAUAUAAACACUGUAACAUUAACCGUAUAUAAAAGAAUUUUUUUUGUGCAAAAAAUGAUGUCGUCUCAAGAAAACAACAAUCACAAUCUUUGAAUAAUCUGCAUGUUAAGAAUUUCAAUAGAGUUGGAACCAACAUCGAAGUUAACUGUUAGCAGUAACCGUUAUUUAUAUUAGUCUAUAUAUACAUGCCCUAAUAUAUGUGUUAACUCAUACCCGAAAAAAAAACUUAAGUUACAAAUGGAAGAGGUAAUGUCAAUUAUCUUCCACGGAAUGAAACUGGUUGAUGAGCUUAAGUCAAGCUUACAGGAAAAGUCACCGGAAUCUCUGUCCACCUCUCUCGACGAGAUCACAAAGACAUUUGAUGAUGCAAAAGAGCGGUUGAGGAUAGUCCUUGUGAUCAGGAACUCGGAGACCGCAAUGAACCAAGUCAAACCGGUGAUCUCUUCUUGCUCAGACCGGAUGCUAAUGCAGAUUGAACCGGAUCUGAUGCAGGAGUAUUGGUUAAGGUAUGGUGGGUCCACGUCAUCUCAUGGAACCGAAGCCGUGACUCAAAGGCAGCUCAUGGCUGUUGAUGGUGACGGCGGAAGAAAUUUGACGGCUACGGAAAGAUCAGGUGGCUCCGGUAGCGGUUCCUCCACGCCAAGGCAACGUAGAAGGAAAAACGAAGGAGAAGAACAAACGGUGUUGGUGCCGGCGUUAAGGUCGGGAAACACAGAUCUACCUCCUGAUGAUAACCAUACUUGGCGUAAAUACGGUCAAAAGGAAAUUCUUCACUCUAAGUUUCCUAGAGCGUACUAUAGAUGCACCCACCAAAAGUUAUACAAUUGUCCAGCCAAGAAGCAAGUCCAACGCCUCAACGACGAUCCUUUCACCUUCAGAGUCACUUACCGUGGCUCACACACUUGCCACAUCUACUCAACCGCUCCCACCGCUUCUGCUGCUGCCCCCACCGCUCCAAUCACAACUACGGCCACAACUAGCCAUCCCGUUGACUACGGUCCCUUCUUCGACAUGGCGGAAGCUAUGAUGCUCGGUAGCGGCGGGAUUGGGGACAACAUGGAUUUCAUAUUUCCUUGCAAUGAUCCACCUCAUCAUCAUCACUGUUACCGGAGGCAAGAAGACGGAGACGGAGACAAAUAGAAUACCAGAGACCGGAAGACGGAGACAUAUAUAUAUGAUUCAUAUAUAUAUCUACAGAAAAAGGACAUGUUUAAUUUAAUUUAUUAAUUAUUACACGUGAUUCUAGUUUGGGAUCUAAUGGGAAACCAAUUCUUUUAAACUAGUUCGCUUUUUACAAAAUUUGGAAGUGUUUUGUUACUAAAUGGGGUUGUUAGGGUAUUUAAAUUAUUUCCAUA